AUGCCGUCUCCAAGAGCCAGCUUGGAGGUCGAAAAGCCAGGCCCAACAAUGGACCAUGGAACAUCGUCUCGUGGCUCGCUGAAUACUCUCGCCGACACGGGUGGUUCGACAGACAAUCCCGACGGCGCAGAUGAACAGAUACGGCACGACAUGAUUCAACUCGCUAGACGAUUGACGACCCAAUCGCACGUCUCGGGCCCUCCGGCGGCGCUUUUCCCCCUCCUCCAACACAGUCCGUUGGAUCCCAACAGCGACAGGUUCAACGCGAAGCAAUGGGCAAAGGCCUUUUUCAGUGCCAGGAAGGAGUCUCUUCAAGGAAAUGUGCCCAAGACGACAGGCGUUGCCUUUCGCGAUCUCAACGUCUAUGGCUUCGGAAGUGAUACCGACUUUCAGAAGAGCGUGGGCAAUAUCUUCCUGGAAGGGGUCAAUUUAGCUAGCAAGCUCUUCAACAGAAAGCAACAGCGCAUCGACAUCUUGCGCGACCUUGAAGGUGUCGUCCACAGUGGUGAGAUGCUUUGCGUGCUAGGACCCCCCGGGUCCGGGUGCUCAACCUUCCUGAAGACCGUGGCCGGCGAAACCCAUGGAUUCCACGUCCAGGACACGUCGACACUCAACUACUCUGGUAUACACCCCGACGAGAUUAGGACUGCAUUCCGGGGAGAAGCUAUUUACACAGCAGAGGUGGACCACCACUUUCCCCAGCUCACAGUCGGCGACACCCUCUACUUUGCAGCGGCCGCACGGUGCCCCAAGAAUGUCCCCGCUGGGAUUAGUCGACACGAGUAUAUCGAACAUCUUCGAGACGUCACCAUGGCUAUGUUCGGUAUCUCACACACGAAGAAUACACGAGUCGGCGAUGACUUUGUUCGGGGUGUAAGCGGUGGCGAAAGGAAGCGCGUUACUAUUGCGGAGGCCUCAUUGAGCUACUCGCCGUUGCAGUGCUGGGACAACAGUACGCGUGGCCUCGACAGCGCAAACGCCAUUGAGUUCUGCAGAACAUUGCGUACGCAGGCCGACGUCAUGGGCUGUACUUCAUGCGUCGCGAUCUACCAAGCACCCCAGACUGCCUAUGAUGUGCUCGUCCUCUACGAGGGGCGUCAGAUCUUCUUUGGGAAGACUUCCAGGGCUCAGGCCUAUUUCGAGGAACUCGGCUUCAUCUGUCCCGACCAGCAAACAACUGCAGACUUUUUGACUUCCAUGACCAGCUCUGACGAGCGCGUCAUUUGCCCGGGGUGGGAGAACAAGACGCCCCGCACGCCCGACGAGUUUUCCAAGGCAUGGAAGGAGAGCCGUGAUCGCGCAGAGCUACUGGAAGACGUUGAAGAUUAUCUUGUGCGACACCCGUUCCAUGGAGAUCAUUAUAACAAGUUUAUCGAAUCCCGCCGGCUAGAUCAAGCCUCGACUCAGCGCGCCAAGUCGCCCUUUACGUUGUCGUAUCUUCAGCAGAUGAACCUCACGUUGGCGCGAAGCUUCCUCAUGCUCAAAACCGACCCAAGCCUGACGUUGACGAUGCUUACGAUCAAUUUCAUCCAAGCCAUCGUCGUCAGUAGCGUUUUCUAUAACUUACCCGGGGGUGCGGAGUCCUUGGAGAACCGCGCAAUUCUCUUAUUCUUUAUCAUCCUUACAAAUGCUUACAGCAGCGUCUUGGAGAUUGUUUCGCUAUACGCCAAACGGAAGAUUAUAGAGAAGCAUGCCCGCUAUGCACUCUACCACCCAAGCGCGGAAGCCCUCUCUUCCAUGGUGGUCGACCUGCCAUACAAGUUGUUCAAUGCCGUCAUUACCAACGUAACGGUGUACUUCAUGGCGAACUUGCAUCGCGAACCGGGUAACUUUUUCUUCUUCCUACUUGUUGCCUUUACCGUUGUCUUGACCAUGUCAAUGCUUUUCCGGCUCAUUGCAUCGGUGACAAAGUCCAUCGCUCAGGCAAUGGCACCAUCCGCCAUUAUUUUGCUAUGCUUGAUCCUCUAUACCGGCUUCACCAUCCCUGUCGACUAUAUGAAGAACUGGAUCAAAUGGUCUCGCUGGGGCAAUCCCAUUUUCUAUGGCCUCGAGUCGAUCAUGAUUAACGAGUUCAACGGAAGAGCUUUCCCGUGCACCACAUAUGUCCCGUCCGGGACAGGGUACGAUAACGUUCCCCCAAGCGCCAAAGCCUGUUCGGCACAAGGUUCCGUUGCUGGACAGGACUUUGUUGACGGGGCUGCCUACUUGAGUACUGCCUACAGUUACGACAUGUCCCACAAAUGGCGAAACUGGGGCGUCGUCGUUGCCUUUGGUGUGCUCUACUUUGGACUCCAUCUCUUAGCCACGGAGUAUGUUGCCUCCCAACGCUCUAAAGGCGAAGUACUUGUGUAUCUUCGCAAGGCAAUGAAACAACUGAAGAAGGCACCAAGAGACCUCGAGACGGCUUCCCCGACAACGACUGCUCUACAACAUGUGGCUAACAGUAGCGGCGCAGCUGCCGUGGACAAACAGACUUCCGUGUUCCAUUGGGGUGGUGGCUCAUCUGGCGCAGGAAAGACCACUCUUUUAGACGUUCUCGCCAGCCGCGUUACAACGGGGGUUGUCACCGGUGACAUGCUCGUCAACGGGAGCCCCCGUGACGAGUCCUUCCAACGCAAGACGGGAUAUGUCCAGCAACAGGAUCUCCAUCUUCCUACCUCCACUGUCCGUGAGGCUCUCAGAUUUAGCGCCCUGCUUCGGCAGCCUUCUCAGUACACGCAACAGGAGAAGAUAGACUACGUUGACACCGUCAUUGAACUACUGAGCAUGGAGGGCUAUGCUGAUGCUAUCAUUGGCGUUCCCGGCGAGGGUCUCAACGUUGAACAGCGUAAGCGGCUAACCAUUGGCGUGGAGCUCGCGGCCCGUCCCCAACUUCUUCUCUUUUUCGACGAGCCGACGUCGGGGCUAGACAGUCAAACCUCCUGGUCGAUUUGUAACCUCAUGGAGAAACUGACCCAGCACGGACAAGCCAUCCUCUGUACAAUACACCAGCCUUCAGCAAUGUUGUUCCAGAGGUUUGACCGACUCUUGCUCUUGUCUAAAGGCGAGACGAUAUACUUUGGCGAUAUUGGAAAAGGCUCCCGCACCCUUAUGGAUUACUUCGCCCGGAACGGUGCUCAUGCUCUCCCCGAAAAGGCCAACCCGGCAGAGUACAUGCUCGAGGUUAUCGGGGCAGCCCCUGGCGCAAAGACCGACCGCGGCAUGUCGAACCAAAUGUUUGGCAUCUUCAUGUUUCUCAGCCUGUUCCCCAAUCUAGUGAACCAGAUCAUGCCAGUAUUCGCCUCCCAGCGUGUCAUGUAUGAGUCCCGAGAACGCCCGUCCAAAGCGUAUGGAUGGCCGUCGUUUGUGGCGGCUAAUGUCCUGGUUGAGCUUGCGUGGAACUCUUUCAUGUCCAUCUUUGCCUUUAUAUUUUUUUAUUAUCCUAUGAACCUUUCCAACAAUGCAGAGUGGACUGAUACCGUUCACAUUCGCAGUUUUCUCAUGUUUCUGCAUUUGUGGAUGUUCUUUGCAUUCACAAGCACCUUUGCACACAUGAUGAUUGCCGGACUCCCCACCGCAGACCACGCUGGAGGCCUUGCAAAUCUAUUGCUCAUCAUGAUGUUCACAUUUUGCGGCGUCAUAGCGGGCCCCGACAGUCUUCCAGGGUUCUGGAUCUUUAUGUACCGCGUCAACCCCUUCACAUACGUUAUUGAGAGCUUGAUGGCGACCGGGCUUGGCGAUGCUCCGAUGCACUGUGCCCCCAACGAAUUUAUUACCUUUACCGCCCCGGACGGCUCCACCUGUUCCCAGUACGCUUCCGAGUACUUGGCUCAGAAUGGGGGCUACCUGGAAAAUCCAGACUCUUCCAACUGCUCAUACUGCUCCAUGUCCAACACAAACGAGUAUCUGGCAUCCGUCAGUGUGAGUUUCGGCAACCGCUGGAGAGACUUUGGGAUCAUGUGGGCGUUCUGCAUGUUCAAUAUCUCGAUGGCUUUUCUCUUAUACUGGCUUGCGAGGGUCCCUAAAAAACAGAAAGCUAAGAAAGGAUAG